GAGUGAAAGAAGCAAUAAAAAGUAUUGUUAACCAUUUCUCGAAUUUCGCCAGUUUACCUUCCGCCAGGCGACUAUUCAAAAAUGGUUUUAGUUUCGGAUAAUAAUCUGCUCUGCUACUCAAUUGCUAUUUAAUAAAAAUUUAGCUAAAAGACAAUAACGGCUAUUAAACUUUUUUGUUAUCAUUUCUAUACAAACUAACUAGAAUUACUUCUUUGUUAGACAAAGUUUUAUCAGAAAAAAAUAUGCGGACGCAAUCACCAAAGAAUGAAAUAGCGAUGUCCAGAAAAAAUGAAACCUUAAAGAAAAACUCAAGGAAAAAAAAAUUCAAAAUCAUAAUAGAAGAAAAUUUGGAUGUAGAAAGCCAUCUCUGUAGACUGUGUCUUAACUCAGCUGAAAAGAGUUUAUACAGCAAUAACUUUACUUUUGAUAUCAUGUACUAUAUUAAAUUUGUUCUAGGAAUAGAGGUAGCACAGAAUGAUGGGAGGCCUGAUCACAUUUGUAGCAACUGUGAGAAGAUUUUCCAUGACAUGGAAGAAUUGAAAAAGACAGCCAAAGCCACACAUAGGGUAUUGGAACUUGAAAUGAUGUCAAAUGCAUUAUCACAGCAAAAAGGUAAUGGUGAUUUACAAUCAAUUGAAAUUGAACGCAAUGAGAAUCUUAAUUCAGCUCCUACAUUAUUGUGGACUUGUAAAAGGUGUGCAAGGAACUUUGAAAAUGAGAAUGAUCUAGCUGUACACAAGAAAGAUGAAAGUUGUUCGAAAGACAAGAAAUAUGUUUGCGAAAUAUGUGGUGUCGAAAUGAAGUCGAUGGCCAGACUAAACAGACACAGGUCAAUACACAGUGACGUGCUACAACACGCAUGCGCGUCGUGUUCGUAUCGGGGCCGCACGCUGUACGCGCUGCGCACGCACGAGCGCACGCACACGCGCGCCCGCCCGCACGCGUGCCCGCGGUGCGCACGCACCUUCCGCAGCGCUGCCAACCUCGCCUCCCAUCGACGGAGGCAUCAGCCGCCGCGCUACCACUGUCCUACGUGUACGAAGCCCUUCAGGUUCAAGGAGAGUCUACAGAAUCACUUGGCAGCCCUACACAGUACAGCUAAACCUCAUGUCUGCAACACAUGCGGAAAGGCCUUUGCUACCCGAAAGCUACUCUGUCGCCAUGAAAGAAGAGUUCACAAUCGUCCAAAAAUACGAGCAGGAAAAAUGCCAACAUAUCUAAAACAGCAGCAAGAUAAUGUAACUUGAACUAAAUCUGAUUAAAGUAAAAACAAAUUUAUUUCAGUGAGGAACUAUUUGAAAUUAGUUUUCGCAAAUGCAAAAGUUACUUCGGUAUUCAUGAAAAGAAUAGUACAAUAAAUGUAUUA